GCAGAAACUGCGCACCGACAACUCGCCGUAGUAUGGCGUGACCGGUGACCGUAGUUUCGCUGGUGUCGGAUGACAUGGGGCAAGAUUGUUCCAGUUGUGGACUUCGACAGACAGCCGAUGAGGUGACGAAAGCAUGCGCACCAGGCGCACCAGGUGCUCCUGCUGGCGAAUGCGGCGAGGCACCUGGCGCAACUGGCAACAGCAUUCUCAGCAACACGUACUUUGAUCAAGAUCUGGAAGAGUUGCAGUCGUUGCCGCCAGGCGAGAGAAGAGAGGUGGAGGACCGUCCUUUGUAUCGCUUCCGAAGUGGGAACACCUACACGGGCCAAUGGCUUGGAAAUGAGAGGCAUGGCCUUGGCGUUCAGCGCUGGUUUGACGGCGCGGUCUAUCGGGGCUCCUGGCAGAAUAACUGCGCACAUGGUCUCGGGAGCUUCGUGCACACUGAUGGGGACAUCUACAGUGGUGAGUGGCAGAAGAAUGUGGCGCACGGCUUGGGGAACUACGUGCAUCAUGCCAAGGGUCAGGU